CCAAAGUUGACUUACCUUUUCCGGAGCACAUCCUGAAAGAACUCCAGAGUUAAGCGUGCUUGAGCUGGAAUAGUGGAAGGAUGGGUGACCUAUUGAGAAGUGAUUCGCGAUAGCAUGCGAGUGAAGCCAAAGCAUGGGAAAAGAUCGGGUGGUGAUUGCAGGGUCAGUAAACAAUGAUUUCGAGCCUUUAGAAAAAUUAACGGACUGAUCGCUGGAACAGGAUGGGCCCACGGGCCGAGAGAGCGGGCGUGGGUGGCCCAUUAGCCGUGGGCGGUCGGGGCGUUACAGAUAUAUGCAUAAUUAUUUACACUGGAAAAAUACAUGUCUUUUAUAAAAUCAUGGUACUAUUUUCGGGGUUAUUUGGUAACACAUAUAAUGGGUCGAAAAAAUCUCAAAAAAUAAAAACAUUAACAAAAAAGUCAUCAAUUUUAGUCAAAACUGCAUCUUAAAAAUAUUAUUCAAAUGGUAAGUCUAAGAUAAUUUCUUAGUCAAAUGAUUCAAAUCCCAUUCCUAAUUAAUCUAUCCCAGCCUAUCAUUUCAACCCAAUUUAUAUUUAAUCUCCCAAUUAUUUAUAUUCAUAUUUCACAUUUACAAAACAAACAAUAAUCAAAAACAAAUCCCUUAGAAAAAACUAAAUCUCACUUUGCUGGAUUCAAUAUCUAGGAAUUUGCUUAACCUGCUAGCUUUGUGUUGUGGAAGAUGGAUCCUAACCAUCCUUCAAACACCUCCUUUGUCCCCGGUCAUGUCACUCCUCCCAACCAACCCGUUCUCCAUGUAACACCUAUUAACGGGUCUAACAACGUCUAUUCCCAUCCCGAUUUCCAGCCUCAGCCUCAUUUCCAGCCCCGUCCCCAGUUCCAGCCCAUGCCCCAGUUCCAGCCCCGCCCUCAGUUCCAGCCCCAUCCCCAGUUCAUGCUCCGUCCCCAGUUCAUGCCCCAGCCCCAGCCCCCACUGCAGCAAACGCCUCCUUCUCGGUUAGCUCAUGUUCCGACACAGGCGCAGCCUUUGAUAAACUAUCCUCCUUACGACGACAUGAUUUGUGACGUAAUUAGGGACUUGAACGAACCGGAUGGUUCAAGCAAGUCGAGGAUCUCGAGGCGUAUCAAGAGAUCGAACGUCGUUUUGCCUCCUAGUCACUCGGUUUUGAUGACUUACCAUCUCAAGAGGUUGAGGAAGAAUGGCGUUCUUACCAUGGUUAACAACUUAUACAAGAUCGCUGCUGCUCCCCCUCCUCCCCCUCCCCCUCCCCCUCCUCCACCUCCCCCGCAAAACGUUGCUGUUGCGGCAGAUCUGGAGCUCGAGGCUCCCAGAUCUGAGGUUCCUCCAAUGAACACCUCUCCGCUUGAUAUGCUUGCUGCCUCUGCUUCUGGCUUGGCUUUGGGCUCUCAGCCUCAGAAGCGAGGCCGUGGACGCCCUCCAAAGGCUAAUCCCGAAGCUCCACAAGAGCAACAACCCAUCGAUGCUCAACCCGUCGCUGUCAUGUCUCCCGGACAGUCAAGCCGUGAGCAACCCGAGUUGCAUGUAGCAGAUUCGAACCAAGUGGUUACUGAGUCAGCAAACAGACGACCUGAUUGGCCAAGGAGGGGGAGAUCUGUUCCGAUCUCUCCAACUGCGGGUGCAGUUCUAGCUCUUCCAGCUCCGAGUACGUAUGCAAGAGGGAGGUCACCGAGUCGUAGUGACGCUGGGAGAGAGAGGAAGAGGCUAUGCAUAGGUGCAUCUAGCGGUGGAGUCGUCAUCGCUGCUCCAGCUGGUGGAGAAACUGUGGCGGUUGCGUCAAGGAUGAUGCGUGGACCUGGACGUCCACGUAAGGUGGUUAGGGGUAGACCCAAAAAGAGUACCAUACCAAUCUCCACCAGGGAAGCUACCGGGACAUUGGAAUCUUCCCAUGGAGAACUCAAGAGAAAGCUUGACUUUGCUCGCGAGAAAGCAAAAGAAAUCUUGGAUGUGUUGAAAGCUGGUAUCGAGAGCAACGACUUCAUAGCAAUAUCGUCGCAAGCUAAACAGGAGCUGGAAGGACUAGUACCAAUUUUGACUGUGGAGACGCAUGGCGUGGGACAAGUGCAGCCAGACGCCGUGGAAGAAGUAGAAGCACGAGCCGUUGAAGAAGUGCAGUCAGAGGAGGCAGCAGCACAUACUGAAGCUGAAACCCAAGGAGAGGAACAUGGACAAGAAGUUGGGGAAGGAGAACAAGCACAGCCCCAUCCUUAGCCUUAGCCUCAGACCGAAGCUGAGGCAAUGCAAGGAGCCCUGAUCUGAGAAAGAUAGCCUAGACAUUGCCUUGGUGUUUAUGGUUAGGAGUGUUCUUUUUUAAUAUUUGUUGCAUCUAUCUUUAUUUAAAACUCAUUUGCAUUUUCAAUUUAAUAGUUUGGUAUAGAAGAAACAAAAAGGCAUUGUGUUGUCUUUGUUUGUCUAACUAACCAAACAGUAAGAGGUUGUUAUAAUUUAGAGGGAUAUUUUCAGUACUGUUGGAUGAUCUUCUCUUUUAUAUCAAUCUAUAUAAGUUUCUUUUUCUCCAAUC